UCCAAACUGGCCACAUAAAAUGUGACCAAAUUCGAGCUCGCUCCGCGAGUCGCCGUAUAAAAAACAAUUGCGAAAUUACACAAGAAGCUAAACAAAUAAAAGCGGAAAAUUAACGAGAACAUGUGCAGCGGCUGCUAGAGGCGUGCGGCAACAGUUCGGGCCCGCGGAAACGUGCAGGUGCGAGCGAGCGAACACGCGUACGCGUCACUGGCAACAACAACAAACACGCAGUGCACCAACACUCGCGUACGAGCACGCACACACACGCGCGCACACCAACACACAAACACCGACGCACAUGCAACAAAAAUAAAAUAAAAACAAAGAGGAGGCAGCGAAAUAAUAACAAAAAUAAAUUUGAUAAAUGCAAUUAUAAAUAAAGGCAGCUGCCAGCGGGCCAGAGAAAUAAGUAAAAACGGAAAAAUGUUUGUUGGAAAGUUUAUGGCCCACUAAAAAGUGAACCAAAGUAACGAAGCCAGAGUGCCCCAAAAAUAAAUAAAUAAAUAAAUAGAUUGGAAAAAUAUAUACAAAAGUAACAAAAAAUAAUCGAAAAAAUUAAGACAAAUAUAAGUAAUAAAUUAACCAACCUACUCUGCAAAUUAAAAAAUAACUUACAAAUAUAUAAUAAUCUAUUAAAAUUUAUAACAAAUUCAGAAUAUUUUUUAAACUUUUGUGUUUACCUCCUAUUAUUUUUGUGCAUUUCCUGCUUACUUAACCCCACCUUACCCAAGUUGAUUAAGAAUUUCGCGUUUCCCCCUUAUCAGCUGACGUACAUAUACAAACCACCCACUUGCCACCCACCCAACCACCCCACCCCCUGCACCUGCAAGGAACAGGUGACUAAUGCACUGCUCGCGAAGUUUGUCAGCUGCUGUCGCCGUGGAAGCAACAACAACAACGCUAACGUCAUCCGCAUCGACAACAACAGCAGGCUUCUACAGGGCAGCGACGUCGGCGUCGGCAGCGGCCUCAGUCUGCACAACACCAAUAACAAAGUCAAAAACUAAAGCUAUGGCCACCACAACAACAACAACAACGACGGCGGCAACAAAUGCUAAGGAUGGCGUUACAAUGCGCGAGAAAAAGGGAGGAGCCCUACAAAAGCUCAAGAAGAGGCUUUCGCACAGUUUCGGCAGAUUAACAAUUUCCCGCGAAGAUGGAGACGAGUCGACGCACCAUCAUCACCACCACCACCAUCGCGGUGGACACGGUGGGCACCACAACCACGGUAACAAAGUUCCAUACAACGGCUACAAUUCUGAGGAAUACUUGGACCGACUCGAACCGAAUGGCAAUAUACCCGCUGACAAGACAAAUUGCAGAUAUGGAGACUGGCGCAGCACGGACAGCACCGACCACCAUGAUCGCGUCCAGAGACAGCUUUCCGUGUCCUCCGACAGCAAAUUGCUGGACGAGGACAUCCGCGAGGAGAUGAAGUACCAUUCGCACGUGGUCAUGCGUCCCAAGAAGCCGCCCAGACCCAAGUCCGAGGUCUUUCUGAACAAGCAGGAAACGCAUCCGCGACGCAAACGAUUCAGUGCAUUUGGUGGCGACUCCCCAUUUGGCAAGCAGGAGGCCUAUGUAAAACUCGAACCGCUGGGCGAAGGGUCCUAUGCGACGGUCUACAAAGGAUUUAGCAAAUUAACCUACCAGCGGGUGGCGCUGAAGGAGAUCCGCCUGCAGGAGGAGGAGGGCGCUCCGUUCACCGCGAUUCGCGAGGCCUCGCUGCUGAAAGAACUGAAACACAGCAACAUCGUCACGCUGCACGACAUCGUCCACACGCGCGAGACGCUGACCUUUGUCUUUGAAUAUGUGAAUACGGAUCUGUCGCAAUACAUGGAGAAGCAUCCGGGCGGCCUGGACCAUCGCAACGUGCGCCUGUUCCUCUUCCAGCUGCUCCGUGGACUCUCCUACUGCCACAAGCGGCGCGUCCUCCAUCGGGAUGUCAAGCCGCAGAACCUGCUCAUCAGCGACUGCGGCGAACUGAAGUUGGCCGACUUCGGACUGGCCAGGGCCAAGAGCGUGCCCAGCCACACCUACUCCCACGAGGUGGUCACGUUAUGGUACCGCCCUCCAGAUGUCCUGCUGGGCAGCACGGAGUACUCGACCUCGCUGGACAUGUGGGGCGUGGGCUGCAUCUUCGUGGAGAUGGUGACCGGGAUGCCGACGUUUCCGGGCAUACGUGAUACCUACGAUCAGCUGGACAAGAUAUUCAAAUUGCUGGGCACGCCCACCGAGGACACGUGGCCGGGGGUCACCCACUUUCCCGGCUACAAGCCGCACAAGCUGGGUUUCUAUCGACCGCGGAAACUGGGUCACAACUUCCCACGGCUGUACGACAUCAUCGAGGGCGAGACGAUAGCGAACGGCUUCCUGCAGCUGAAUCCGGAGCAGCGUUUGGGCGCUGAUGAUGCACUGCAGCAUCCGUACUUUGCGCAGUUGCCAAAGAAACUCUACGAAUUGCCAGACGAAACCUCAAUUUUCACCGUGGAAGGCGUGCAGCUGUACACGGAGCCAAAUCGACAGAAUAAAUGAAAAUUAAAGCAAGUCCUCUCCGUGGAUGGCGUACGUUUCUACUGUUAGGAUCCCGGUCCUCGACACCAAUCACCCAAUCACCAUCCUCCCGGACUCUCAAUCCGUCAAUCAAUCAACCUGUAUCGCACCAUCAUCCAGCAAUCGACAGCCAUAUAAAAUGCAAGGAGCAGCAGAAGAAGGAACUUCUCGCGCGCGCAGAAGUUUUGUACUAUAAUUCUAUGAUACUUUUUAGUUAUUAGUUCGAUUUCGCAGUGAGUUUAGCCGAGGCAGUGAGUUUACAAGAAGACACACACAGAGCCAGCAACGGCGGCAUUUUAUUUUCAGUCAAAUUGCUUAAAGUUAGUUUAGAUUUCUCGCCAUCCUGCAGCCGCGUCGAAAAGGAUACUCAGUUUAGUCACAGCGCAGACAUGUUUUUCUGUAUUCUUUUGUAAGCUAAAAAAGAAGGACAUAUACGUUUAAAGGUAGCUUUUAGUGAGUGGAUUGCCUCUGCGGAUUACGCAAUAUUUUCGUUUGCAACGAGUGAGAGAUAAUCAUCAUCAUGUCUACAUUAUGUAAUAGCAAUCGUGUGUAUUUCGUGUCCAUUCUUUCACCCUAGUUUUUAGUCGAUAUUUUCAACGCGAAUGUUCGACUGUCGAGCGUUUGUUUAAAUUGUCAAUAAAAAUGUUUGAUUGGUUAACUGCUUUAAUAGAGUGCAAUUAAUACAAAUUAAUGGAUUGGCGGUAAUGCGCCCAAAAAAAAAAACGAAUCAAUUAAUCAACAAAAAGUGCUCAAAAAAGUACGAUUAUUUUCAAGCAAUUAUACAAAUUUAAAGUUACAUAUAUUUUCAAAUUUAGAGAAGCACAGUCAACAUUCAAAGAAUCAAAAUUAUUUUUUAGUCCUUAUUUCCACUCGCAGCUCUUUUAAUUGUUUGAUUGUAUGAUUUUGUAACGCUUCCUUUGUCAUUAUGAAAUACAUCAAAUUCGCCGCGCUGUUUAAGUGAUAAUUUUAUACCUAUUAAAUGAAUUUAUGUAAAAAGCAAGUAAAUCAAUCUUAAAAGAUAUGUAAAACAAAUAAAUUUAAACCAUUUAUACCAUUUA